AUGAUCGCGGGCAAAACUGAACUCAGUAGUCGGGGCAGUCUGUCUUCUACCUCCUCCUCUUCUUCCUCAAACACUCUCGUUCUUCGACAGCGAGAAGGAGAAGCGAGCCGGGGAUACGAUAUGCAAUUUAGCGAUAUUAUCGAUGUAGAUAUUCGCCAGGAAGUUGGGAUGAUCCGGUCAUCCUAUCCAUCCUAUCCUCUUCUAUAUCUUAUUUACGUCCUCGUGAGGAGCAAUCGAUCGUUGGAUCAGGCCCGAGACUUUCUCGAAAAUACACACCGAAACAGGGCUCAAUAUCUACCAAUCACUUCUAUCACGAAUAUUGAUGAUGUGAAGGAUGAUGUAAUGCGCAACAAAGUUGAAUCGAUUAGGACAGUUGCUCCAUGGGUGACUGUUUGGUGGGCUCUUUACGCCCUACAGGUCUGUGAUGGAUCUAUCGAUUGUGCUACUAGUCUGUUACUUGAAGGCGCCGUUGAUGCUUCUAACGACCCCAGGCCACAGAUAGCUCCAGUAUCUGGUGCCCAUGUCUAUUCGCCAGCUACUCCUACAGCCAGACGCAAUGUGCUUGGAAAACUGCCUGUCGAUUUGCCGUCGGAUUCAGAUAGUUCUGUGUUCGGUUGUACUACGCCCAGCCAGACUAGUGGCGAAGAGUCGUUUCAUACCAGUCUGUCCUCAAUUGAGCCAUCACACCAAACACCAAAUAGUCCAUUGGUCAACACAAGCGAGGAUGAUAAAGACUCUACCGCAGAAGAAACUGAUACCCUUGUUGCCAGCCCUUACUUUAAUAACCGGCGAGUGGUGGGUAUCGACAAAGGUAAAGGUGUAGCCAAAACAGAGCCAGACCAUAGCUCAGAUAUUAAUAUGAAUGGUGUUCUAUCCUUCAAGAAAGGGUCUCAAGCAAAGAAAAAUGAGAAACAAAACGGCGACUGCAAGUUCUGCGGCAAAGACCUAGGUAGCUGGUUGGCGCGAAACAACCAUGAAUCUUCAUGCCGCAGAAGGACAAGGCAAGUGUGUGUAAAAUGCAAGAAAGAAGUAUCAAAAGCGAAUAUCAGAAGGCAUGAGUCCAGAUGUGAUGGUCCUCGAAAUCCAAGACGCGAUGGCUCAGAAUUCGCAGAACGCGAUGUAUUCAUGUUUAACUCGAGGAGAAAGUCUGUUUCUCGUGGUAGUUCUCCAAGUAUCGACUCGGAUUUUCCUACAGAAGAAGAGCUUCAAAAAGCCUUACAGUUGUGCGACGGUGAUGUUGAGGAUGCCGUACACUUAGAGAUGGAGGCAUCAACAUCAGGCGAAGAAGACGAUGAUCGAGGUUCGUAUAGCCAGCAGGAAAAUCCGUUAAAGAGGAAAUUAGGAAGCCCAUCUAGAUCUCGCACACAAAUUGGCGACACAGAAGCAGGGCUACAGCCUGCAAGCCAGUGGAUCAAGACCACAUUUCUUGAUCUUUGCCAGAACUCAACCAAUCUUACCCUUGUUCAUCUUUCUGGUACAGAAACCCAUGCGAUUCCGACCAAGCUUAUGUGCGACAACUCCAAAUAUUUGAAGGAUCUGAUCAGUCCUACGGGAGACCAAGAUGCUGCACUAAAGGAAAUCAAUCUCCUAGACGUCGAACCAACUCUCUUUGAUGCCAUUAUCCAAUACAUGGUGUGCCACAACGUCUCGUUUGGUCCCCAGUUGAGCGAAAUCCAAGCCAUCACAUCGAUCGUAAACUUCAUAGUUCUCGCCGAGAAAUUUAAAGUUGCAGGGCCAGCCACUACCAUGUAUCCAACACUCGAGGCCAUCCUAAAACAGGAUCGCAAGGGGCCACAUCCCCCCAGCGUUCUGAAAGUCGGUCAUGUACACAAAAUCUUCUCGAAUCUGGAUGAUCCGCAUCACCCUAUUCGAAAACUAUUUGUCAGAGCAUCUGUGAGACCCCAUAUCAAAGAGAAAAACGACAAUAACGUCAUCCUAGACGAUUCGGACGAUGAAUACGAAGUUGAUGCGGACGAUGUUGAUUUUCGAAAUCAACCGGCGCAUCUCGCUUGGAAACUGAAUAGGGACUUCGGAAUGGCAUUAUUGGCAAAAGUGGAUCAAACCAAUCGGAAUAGGGAAAGAAGACCAAUAUUUCCAAAUAGUAAGAACAGCAAAAGUUUCAGCGAAUGGUUUACGGAUCCUCUUGAUGGCAGUCAGUUUACCCUUUGA